GCACGCCCCCGGCACGGACCAUGUCGGCGGCGCUGCUGAAAGCCCCUUGCCAGCCGCAGAGCCCAGGCUGGAGGAGAAGGCAGCCGACGGCAGCCCUGAGGAGGACCAAGAUGGCGUCCCCGCCAAUGCCUCUUCGCCCAGCGCCGCUGAGGAGGGACAUGGCGAGGGGGAAGAAGAGCCAGCGGGUGGCCUGAGCGGGGACCCUGGGCCAGGGGACGGCCAGCUGGAAGAAACCACCAUGGAGAAGGGCCAGGAGGGGCCCAGCGAGGCACAGGGCCCACGGGAGGAUGCCAUGUUGGGCACCCCUGAGGCAGCACAUCAUGAAGGGAAUCGCCGGUCUGGCCCACAAGAUGGCUUCCGGGCCCAGGAGGAUGAGGAGCCUAGUGCUGAGGAAGGAGCCUCUGAGGAGCAAGGGCAGCCUGGGGAAAAGAAAAUGGAGGAGCCAAGAGCAGUGUCUGCUCUGGAGGGGGGAGAGGAAGGGGGUGAGCAGAGCUCAGAGGAAGAUGACGAGCAGGGGGAGUCUGAGGAAGAUGAACAUGGCAAGUCUGAGGAAGAUGGAGGCAAGGGAGAGUCCGAGGAGGGAGAGUCUGAGGAGGAGGAAGAGUCUGAGGAAGAUGGUGCUGGGCCAGUGGGGCCAGAGGACGGAGCUGAAGGGAGCGACAAGGAAGCAGCCAGCGCUUCCAGCAAGAACAGCCGUGGCAAACCUGCAGCUGCCGGCAAGGGAGAAGCUGGGGAUGGCCCUGCCAGCUGCCAUCACCCGCCCUGCGGGGAUGCAGCAGAAGACCCCACAGCAGCAGUGGAAGACCCACCGGCAGCAGAAGACCCACCGGCAGUGGUGGAAGACCCGCCGGCGGCAGCAGAUCCCCCUGCAGGCAAGCCAUCACUGGCAGAAACAGAGAGCCCACCUGGCCACAGCACCCACCCUGCUGCCACCGAGCCCCGGCACGGCCAGAUAGAAGAGGUUGAAGAUGCCAGCGAGCCGACCAAGCGCGACCGGUCCCACUUGGAGAGCACCCUCAAGCUGAACGAGGACAAACCUGCCGAUGAUUUCUCAGGAGCACUGCAGCGGCUGAGGAAGAUCUACCACUCCUCCAUCAAGCCCCUGGAGCAAUCCUACAGAUACAACGAGCUGAGGCAGCACGAGAUCACAGAUGGGGAGAUCACUUCCAAGCCAAUGGUGCUAUUCCUGGGACCGUGGAGUGUUGGCAAAUCCUCCAUGAUAAACUACCUCCUCGGUCUGGACGACACUCCCUACCAGCUCUACACAGGGGCAGAACCCACCACCUCCGAAUUCACUGUCAUCAUGCAUGGCCCCAAGCUGAAGACCAUCGAGGGCAUCGUGAUGGCUGCUGACAGCGCCCGCUCCUUCUCGCCCCUGGAGAAGUUUGGACAGAACUUCUUGGAGAAGCUGAUAGGGAUCGAGGUGCCCCACAAACUGCUGGAGCGAGUCACCUUUGUGGACACACCGGGCAUCAUUGAAAACCGCAAGCAGCAAGAACGAGGUUACCCGUUCAACGACGUGUGCCAGUGGUUCAUUGACAGAGCUGAUCUCAUCUUCGUUGUCUUUGACCCUACGAAGCUGGAUGUGGGCUUGGAGCUGGAGAUGCUGUUUCGCCAGCUGAAGGGCCGCGAGUCUCAGAUCCGAAUCAUCUUGAACAAAGCUGACAGCCUGGCUACCCAGGAGCUCAUGAGAGUCUAUGGUGCCUUAUUCUGGAGCCUGGCUCCUCUCAUCAAUGUCACAGAGCCACCCAGGGUGUACGUUAGCUCCUUCUGGCCCCAGGACUACCAUCCGGAUACCCACAAAGACCUGUUCCUCAAAGAAGAGAUAUCGCUCCUGGAAGAUCUCAACCAGGUGAUUGAGAACAGGAUGGAAAAUAAGAUCGCCUUCAUACGCCAGCAUGCCAUCCGGGUGCGCAUCCACGCCCUUUUGGUCGAUCGCUAUCUACAGACCUACAAGGACAAAAUGACCUUCUUUAGCGAUGGAGAACUGGUGUUCAGGGACAUUGUGGAAGAUCCUGACAAGUUCUUUAUCUUUAAGUCCAUUCUGGCAAAGACCAAUGUCAGCAAAUUUGACCUCCCCAACCGCGAGGCUUACAAGGACUUCUUUGGCAUCAACCCCAUCACCAGUUUUAAGCUGCUGUCUCAGCAGUGUUCCUACAUGGGAGGGUGUUUCCUAGAGAAGAUCGAGAAGGCCAUCACUCGCGAGCUUCCCGACCUCUUGGGAAGCAUCGGCUUGGGAAAGAAGCCCAACGUUCUCUCCUGCGACAUCACUGGCUGUGGCGAAACCCCAAAGAAUCGCUACAGGAAGCCCUAAGGUGUGCUGUAACAUAACCGUCCACGUGUUCCUACCGGUGAAUGAGCUUAUGUCUUAUCUGUCCAAGAAGCCACGGUUUGUUAACCCUUUGAGUGCCACACUGGCAAAGGCUACUGUACGAUGAGGACUUUGAGUCAUUGACAUCGAUGGCAGGGGAAGAUGGGUGGGCAUAAGAAAGAGAAUAAAAACUGUGAAUUCCUGACA